AUGGCAGGCGAAAACAAGCGCAUCAUUCGUGGUAACAUGCAGAUCCCUCGUCUGGGUAGCAGACGAUUCAGCCCAGCCGAGAUCAAGUUGGUGGAAGAUGCAGAGGCAAUUCUGUCAGCAUCCGAGAGCGGACAUGACAAUAUGGAUGAUUCAGGAAAGAAGAUUCGAGAGACUCUAGUAAAGAAUGCCCUCAGAAGGGGCUCCACAACAACCACAGCAGAAGAUAACGAAGACUCAUGA